GUGCUUGGCUGGAUCAGGAAUGGUGAAUCGAUGCUGAAUGCAAGCCUUGUCAAUGCGAGCUCCCUCUCUGAAGCUGAGCAGCUCCAGCGAGAGCACGAGCAGUUUCAGCUGGCCAUAGAGAAGACACACCAGAGUGCCCUGCAGGUCCAGCAGAAAGCUGAAGUGUUGCUACAGGCUGGGCAUUAUGAUGCUGAUGCUAUCAGAGAGUGUGCCGAAAAGGUGGCCCUGCACUGGCAGCAGCUGAUGCUGAAGAUGGAGGACAGGCUCAAACUUGUCAAUGCCUCGGUGGCCUUCUAUAAAACCUCUGAGCAGGUGUGCAGCGUAUUAGAGAGUUUGGAGCAAGAAUACAGACGGGAUGAAGACUGGUGUGGAGGUCGAGAUAAACUUGGACCAGCAGCUGAGAUAGACCAUGUUAUCCCUCUGAUCAGCAAACAUCUGGAACAGAAGGAGGCUUUUCUCAAGGCCUGUACACUAGCACGAAGGAACGCCGAGGUAUUCCUCAAGUACAUCCACAGGAACAAUGUCAGCAUGCCCGGAGUAGCAAGCCAUACGAGGGGGCCCGAACAGCAAGUGAAAGCCAUUCUGAGUGAGCUGCUGCAGAGGGAGAACCGGGUCCUUCAUUUCUGGACCCUGAAGAAGCGGAGAUUAGAUCAGUGCCAACAAUAUGUUGUCUUUGAGCGUAGUGCCAAGCAGGCCUUAGACUGGAUCCAAGAAACAGGCGAAUAUUACCUCUCUACUCACAACUCCACAGGGGAAUCAGCAGAAGAAACUCAGGAACUCCUGAAGGAAUAUGGGGAAUUCAGAGUACCUGCCAAGCAAACAAAGGAGAAAGUGAAGCUCCUCAUCCAGCUGGCUGACAGCUUUGUAGAAAAAGGACAUAUACACGCCACUGAAAUUAGGAAGUGGGUCACCACUGUUGACAAACGCUACCGUGACUUCUCUCUCAGGAUGGGGAAAUACCGCUACUCCCUGGAAAAAGCCCUUGGAAUCAAUACAGAGGAUAACAAGGAUCUAGAACUAGAUAUUAUUCCAGCAAGUCUUUCAGACCGGGAGGUAAAGCUGCGAGAUGCAAAUCAUGAAGUCAAUGAAGAAAAAAGAAAGUCGGCCAGAAAGAAAGAAUUCAUUAUGGCUGAGCUGCUUCAGACGGAAAAAGCUUAUGUCAGGGACUUACAUGAAUGUUUAGAGACUUACCUUUGGGAAAUGACAAGUGGAGUGGAAGAAAUACCCGCUGGGAUCCUUAAUAAAGAACACAUCAUCUUUGGAAAUAUUCAGGAAAUAUAUGACUUUCAUAACAACAUUUUUCUAAAAGAACUAGAGAAAUAUGAACAACUGCCUGAGGAUGUGGGCCACUGCUUCGUCACCUGGGCCGAUAAAUUUCAGAUGUAUGUCACCUACUGCAAAAACAAGCCUGACUCCAGCCAGCUCAUCCUCGAACAUGCAGGGACUUUCUUUGAUGAAAUUCAGCAGAGACAUGGUCUGGCCAACUCUAUCUCUUCUUAUUUAAUCAAGCCUGUCCAGAGGAUCACAAAAUACCAACUCCUACUGAAGGAACUGCUGACCUGCUGCGAGGAGGGCAAAGGGGAACUCAAAGAUGGUCUGGAAGUGAUGCUCAGCGUCCCAAAGAAGGCCAACGACGCAAUGCACGUCAGCAUGCUGGAAGGGUUUGAUGAGAACCUGGACGUCCAGGGAGAGCUGAUUCUUCAGGAUUCCUUCCAAGUGUGGGAUCCCAAGUCUCUCAUUCGGAAAGGCCGUGAGAGGCAUUUGUUUCUCUUUGAAAUCUCUUUGGUGUUUAGCAAAGAGAUCAAAGAUUCUUCAGGACACACAAAAUACGUUUACAAGAACAAGUUACUGACCUCAGAACUGGGAGUGACUGAACAUGUUGAAGGAGAUCCCUGUAAAUUUGCUUUGUGGUCUGGACGAACACCAUCCUCAGACAAUAAAACAGUGCUGAAAGCAUCCAGUAUUGAAACAAAACAGGAAUGGAUCAAAAAUAUCCGGGAAGUCAUUCAAGAAAGGAUUAUCCAUCUGAAAGGAGCUCUGAAAGAGCCGAUUCAGCUCCCCAAGACACCAGCAAAGCAGCGAAACAACAGUAGAAGAGAUGGAGUAGAUGAUGCAGACAGCCAAGGAGAUGGCAGCAGUCAGCCUGACACCAUUUCCAUUGCAUCCAGGACAUCACAGAACACAGUGGACAGCGAUAAGUUGUCUGGAGGGUGCGAACUAACCGUGGUGCUCCAGGACUUCACAGCGGGCCACAGCAGCGAGCUGAGCAUUCAGGUGGGGCAGACGGUGGAGCUUCUGGAGAGGCCGAGUGAAAGGCCAGGCUGGUGUUUGGUCCGGACCACGGAGCGGAGCCCACCUCAGGAGGGUCUGGUCCCCAGCAGCGCUCUCUGCAUUUCUCAUUCCCGCAGCAGCGUGGAGAUGGAUUGCUUCUUCCCUUCAGGAAAAG